AGUGAAUUCGAACUUCAAAACCCUCGGACCCCCACCCCAUCGUCGCUCUUUAAUGCAUUGGCCAUUGCGUACAAAAACACCAAUCUUCAAAACAAAUCGCUCCAAAUUUAUGCAAUACUUAGCACUUUAGGGAGAGAGAAACCGUUCAAUUUCGUAGAGAGAGAGAGAGAGAGAGAAAGGGAAGUGUUUAGAGAGAAAAAUGACAGGUAUGGUAAUGGUAACAAGGGGUGGUGGAUGUGGAGGCGGUGUAGGAAAUGGGAAGAGCCCAAAAUCUGCUGCAGCUGAGGAGCAAAAUAAUCAGGAACGCCAGCAGCAGCUCUCUUUGCUGGAUUUUCUUCUAUCGGCUUUAAGAAAAUCCAUGGUGUCGUGCAGGGUGGAUAGGCAGGAAGAGAUGAUUUCCACCGUUCAUCAAAUGGAAAUUGGGUGGCCCACAAACGUCCAACACAUAACCCAUGUCACUUUCGAUCGGUUUCGUGGAUUUCUUGGUCUCCCUCUUGAGUUUGAAGUUGAAAUCCCAUGUAGAGCUCCCAGUGCGAGUGUCAGUGUAUUUGGCGUAUCAGCAGAAUCAAUGCAAUGCUCUUAUGACACAAGAGGCAAUAGUGUCCCAACUAUACUUUUACUGAUGCAAGAAAGAUUAUACGUGCAAAGCGGUCUAAAGGCAGAAGGGAUUUUUCGGAUAAAUCCAGAGAAUGGCCAAGAGGAACAUGUUAGGGACCAACUCAACAGAGGAAUUGUGCCUGACAACAUCGAUGUCCAUAUUUUGGCCGGUCUGAUCAAAGCCUGGUUCCGAGAACUCCCUUCUGGUGUGCUUGAUGGGCUUUCCCCAGAACAAGUGUUACAAUGCAAUACAGAAGAGGAAUCUGUUGAGCUCAUUAAAGAACUGAAACCGACUGAGAGUGCAUUGCUCAACUGGGCAAUUGAUCUCAUGGCUGAUGUAGUCGAACAAGAGGAAUUCAACAAAAUGAAUGCUAGAAAUAUUGCUAUGGUUUUUGCCCCAAAUAUGACUCAGAUGUCAGAUCCAUUGACGGCUCUUAUGCACGCUGUUCAAGUAAUGAACUUAUUGAAGACAUUGAUCAUGAAAACAUUGAGAGAACGUGAAGAGGCAGCAGCGGGAGGAUACUCUCCAAUGUCAUCACGUUCGUCCAAUGGACGAACAGACGAGGAAUAUGAAAGCCAACAAGAGAUGGAUACAAGCUGUGAAUCAACAGGACCAGCAUCUGAUGACGAUGAUGAGCAACCCCAUUACAGCACCAGCAGUGAAGACAGGGACGAAGUUGAAUCACUUAGUGAGAUAGAAGAAUGCUUCUUAAGGCAAUUGGACGAGAAUGAAAAUGCAAAAAAUGGCUUUCGAAAACAACUAGAAGGAAUUUUGUUUAGAGAGCAAGUCCAUCCUGGAGGUGGUUCUGCAUUCAAUGAGGAUUCUUGUAUUCCAUUAUCCGACAGCAAGACAGGUAGUUCCUGCCUGAGCACGGAAGAGGGAGAAGAUUCAAGAGCAACGAAUGGAUCGCUAAAAUCUGCAGUCAUUCAAAAUAUAGAUACCUUAGACAAUGUGGUAGAAUCUCCACUUCCCACUGAGCAAUUGUGUGUUCCUAGUUAACUUGUUUGGCAAAAUGCUUUCAGUUUCUUAUGGCAUAGUUGAUAAGGUCGACUAGACAGUACUGGAUAAUAUUAAAGAAGACUGCACACCGAACACGCCUCUAUUGUGUCUGAUGUGUCUCGGGAUUCCUGAAUUUCAUUCAUAGGCACUUGUUUUUGUAAAUUGUUGUUGUAAUUGUUAGGCAUUUUUUUGGGAAAGCAUAGAGUGGUUUGGUUGUGGUGAUUGUAAGACACUGAGUUCAGGGCUGAAUUUGUGCUUGUUUCUUUGCUUUAUCAGCAAAGGAUUUUCUACUUGAUCGAUUUACUUUGGCACGAGAAAAAGAAAAGUUCGUGAUGAAGUUACAAGCUGAUGGAUUUUUACC